ACAAACCGGGUCCGCCCCUUCCGCCCCAUGCGCACUCGGGACUCGCCUGUUCCCUGGGCGACGGUCAACACAGGCAGGGCUGCAAAACACAGCUGGGCACAGACGCUGUCCCAGCCUGGAGUGUUUUUUGUCCCCAUCUGCCUCUCUCUCUGAGCUCGAGAUCCGCCCGCCAUGGGCAGCCAACACACUGGGCUUCCUAGAACCACAUCAUCUGGGUACCAACUGCCCCCUACCAGGCAGCUUGCCACAAUUUCCCCGGGCCGGGAUGGCCCGGCAGCAGGCAGGGCUCUCGCGGGUGGUUGCCAGGGGACUCUAGCCCCGGGUGUGCAGCAGGACCAGCUGUGGAGGGAGCUUGUGGAAGCCGAAGCACGGGGCCAGCGGCGUUGGGCUGAGAAUUGGGGUUUCCUGAAGGACUAUGACCCUCUGGGAAAUAAGAAGGAGCCUCAGGAGCUGCCUGCAAAUGUGCCCUUCUUCUCAGACACCUUCCCCUCCUCCACAAGCCAGGAGGUGGGCAGCAGGGUGGACACGCCUCUGGGGAGAGCCCUCAGCCACAUGGACUUCUUCUUUGUGGAAGGCACUCGGAAGAAGAAGCCAGAGGAUGAGCUGCAGCCAGUGUAGAGGGACUCUUGGGGCUGGUCACAGCAGGUGGUUUCUUGGACCAACAGGUUCCUGGCUGGGCUAUCCAACAGACUGUUCAGCAGCAGAGUGCCAGGACCAACUGAACCAAGAGAGCCUGCAGGAGACUACAGCAUACGGAGUCUGUUUCACUCUGAAGGCCACAGCCGGUCCCACAUACCCUCUGCCCUUGCCUCAUCUGCAGGCUGCCUGCUUCUGACCUUCACUGUCGCAUCCACGGGCUGAGGGGAUGAAGGUCCAGCCACCAGCGCCUUCUUUCUCUGGGUCCAGAACAAGGAAGUCUACAUGAGCCAAACCCUCGCAGCAGCGCUGGAAAAGCCUGGGAGCGCCAUGCAGAUGGUCACGUGGCAGCUCAGAGCCCACAGGCUGGGUGGCAUCAGGGGUUCGGAAGGGAUUAGGCUAGGAGG